CCUGGGUGUGAGGUGGGGUGGGGGGACGACUCCAAACUCCUCUGCGAUCCCACAGAGUCAUGUGCACCUCCCUGUCCUCAUCAACACACACUGUCUGAGGGACGAGAGUCGCAGCUGGGACAAGAACCCCCACGAUAACCCUACCGGACCUCAUAAGGACCCGCUGAAUUUUGGAUAUACAGUACAAGAAGAGAUAUUGUGAAUGAUAUUUGUAAUUUAUCUUUGUUCUUUUUUUUUUCUUUACUAGUCACCUGUUCAGACAGUAGUUGAGGAAACUGAGUCAGUGAGUCUUUUAUUCAACGACUGGGUGACCGGUUAGUCCUGAAGUCAUGAAGCUGAGCAUUGCUCUGUGUUUUGCGGGGCUUUUUGGGGCGCUCGCCGCCGUAUUCGUCCUCCUGUCUUUUGGAACAGAUUACUGGCUCCUGGCCUCCGAGACCUGUGGCCCAAAACUCAACGAAUCUACAGGGCUGGAUGGCAUCGUCAUAAAGCAUGAAGAUAUGGGGACGGAGGACAUGGGGGAAAUGAGCACUUUCUACCAUGAGGGCUUCUUCUGGAAAUGUUCCUUUGGGGGCAACGUAGAUGACAACAACCUGCUGUGGAAACUCUGGUUCACAAAUCAGCCACAUUCAAAAGUAUGCGUGCACGCAUACCUCUUCCCGUUCCCAGUGUCCCACCGGUCCUACAAUACCACGGAUUACGACUCCGCUAUUAUCUACAGAGGCUUCUGGAGCAUCUUCAUGCUGGUUGGUGUAGCUGCUGUGGUGAUCGGCGGCUUCCUCAUCAUCUGCGCCGCUCCGUUCGCCAGUCACCAGCUGUACAAGGCAGGGGGCGGCCUCUUCCUGGCGGCCGGUCUGUUCCUGCUGGGUGUGGUGGUGAUGUACGUGCUCUGGAUCCAGGUGCUGGAUGUGGUGGAUCUCUAUGUGGACCACCAGCGCGCCACCGUGUGUCCGCACUUCCAGCUGUCUCUCAGCUACGGUCUUUCCUUCAUCCUCGCCCCCAUCGGCAUCUUCUUCUGCCUGCUGGCUGGCCUCCUCUUCCUCCUCAUCGGUCGUUCGAUCCGGAUCCACUACCACUGA